AUGCUCUACCAUGUCGUCACAGUACUUUGCCAAAUCUAUUGCACGGGUCCGCUGCUUCGAGCCGUCCAGGAAAGCCGUCUUUUCACAGACUCGAAAACGUUCGUAGAUAUGCCAUUGAAAAUGGAUCCCGUGCAAACACUUCGGGAUUUCGCCCAGCUCGACGCAAAGUCAAUUGCCGAUCCGGUGAUUUUGGCCAGCUUCGUUGCCUCGCAUUUUCGCCCGCCCGGCCAGGAGUUAAUUGCUUGUCAUCCGGAAGAUUGGUCAGACUUUCCCCUGUCAUUUCUACGCAUCAAAAAUUAUGAACAACGAAGAUGGGCCCUUCACCUUCAUCGAACAUGGCGUGAUUUAUGUAGAAGGGUAAGAGACGAGGUGCGAUUACAACCCGAAUUAAAUUCGCUCCUCUACGUACCGUAUCCAUUCAUUAUUCCUGGAGGCCGAUUUCGUGAAUUUUACUAUUGGGACACGUUCUGGAUUGUGCGCGGACUGCUCGUCUCCGAAAUGCCCGUCACCGCCCAGGGUGUCAUUAGGAAUCUCGCGCACAUGGUCCAGCAACAUGGCUUCGUGCCAAACGGUGGUCGCGUGUAUUACCUAACUCGUUCGCAACCACCCCUUCUCGCCCAUAUGGUCUACGACUAUUUCCUAUCGACGGGCGAUAUUCAGUUCUUAAUUGAAAUGCUGGAUGUGCUGGAGAAGGAAUUCGAGUUUUGGGUGAAGCAUCGCACGCUGACGCUCAACCUUGGCGUCGACACCCACCUUGCAAAAACCGAGGCGGAAACAAAAGAUGAUGAUCCCCCAAAACCCAUCGAAAAGCUGGAGGUAUUCCAGUAUCGAGUGAAGAUGAAGGUGCCAAGACCCGAAAGCUAUCGAGAAGAUAUGCAUUUGGUUGAAGGAAUCGAUGAUCAGGCCCGUCGUGAAGAAGUAUGGUCAGACGUUGCGGCGGCGGCCGAGACCGGCUGGGAUUUCUCGACACGAUGGUUGUCCCAUAAUGAGACGUCGCGACAUCUUUUGAAAACCAUCCGAACCCAUCGCCUCAUCCCCGCCGACUUGAACGCGUUCAUGUGCGCGAAUGCGCGGAUAUUGGCUUCGAUUCAUGAGAUUACAGGCGAUUUCACCCGAGUUUCCUACUACAACGAACGAUAUCGAAAUCUGAAGAAAGCGCUCCAAUUAUUACACUGGAACGAGACGGAGGGCGUCUGGUUUGAUUACGACCUGGAUUUAAAGGGCCACCUCACCAGCUACUACAUUUCAAACGCGGUGCCGUUGUGGACGCGGUGCUUUGAUGAUGAUGAGGUACCACAUCGAGUUCACGCAUAUCUCCAGCGCACCGGUGCCUUCAACUUCACAAAAGGGCUGCCAACGUCAAUGAUGAUGGCAUCGGAGCAACAGUGGGACAAGGAAAAUGCGUGGCCGCCGAUGGUGCACAUGGUAGUCGAGGGAUUCCGGCUGACCGGAGACGCGAAAUUGAUGAAGGAAGCCGCCCGAUUGGCGCGAGUCUGGCUGACCGCUUCCUAUCAAUCAUUCAUCCUGACGCACGCCAUGUUCGAGAAGUACAACGUGUCGGCAAUGUCGGAUGCUACCGGGGCUGGGUCGGGCGGUGAAUACGAGGUUCAGACGGGUUUCGGGUGGACAAACGGUGUGAUUCUCGAUCUCCUCGACAAGUUUGCCGAGCACAGCGCCGCUUCGGCUACGCCACUAUGGCCAGUUGUAUAUUUGUGCGUAGCUAUAUUAAUGCUA